AAACCUUAUGUGCAAAGGUAAGAGCGAGAAGCUCACGAUGACGAUCACCAGCCGCGCACGGACACUUUCCGGCGUGAAUGAUUUUCCACAUCCCGACACCUCCAACUGUCCACAGCGUCGCUUUCACCUUAUACCUCUCUACCUCUGCUCUCCUCCGCUUUCACCUACUCACUCUCCUACUAUACAACCCCUCCACCCUCCGACCGCAGUCCACCCAACCCAACCCUAACAAAAUGACCGCACUCUUCAACUUCCAAUCCCUGCUCCUCGUAAUCCUGCUCACGAUCUGCACGUCGACAUACGCGCACUACGUGUUCCCGGGGAUCAUGGACCGCAACAAGGACAGCUACUACAUGGCGCCGUUCUGGAAGAGCGCGCGGGUGGGCGAGCGGCUGAGUCCGUAUGUGAGCCUGGCGUGCGUGGUUAUGGCGGUUGUUGAGUUUAUGGGCUAGGAGCUCUGAUCUAAUGGUGUGUGGAGUGGAGUGCGUGGGAAUGGGGAUGAUUGGUUGCGGAUGAGAAGGCAUCGGGCAUGGUCGGGUUCGGGUUUAUUCAAGCAUGGUGUUAAGGAAGCAUGCAAUGCGUUGAGGAGUCCGGGCGUCGGGGAUCUGGGCGGGCUGGCAAGCAGCUGUGAUAUCGAAUGAAUCGCAAAUCCUAUCCCCC